UUCGCGCUUGUGUUGUGUGACACACCCAUGGCGCCCAUGAUGACUUCUUUGAGAUGCGUGGCGCAGCGACCUGCACAAGGCUGCAGUUUGUUGAGGCGUAAAUGGGUCCUUCUCAGUAGAGGUUUGUCUUCCGCCGGUACCGGCGGAGAUAGCGGCGGUGGUGGUGAUGGUGCUGACUUUGGUGUGCGGGUUUGGGGGCACGGCACCAAGGGGCAACUGGGAAUCGAGAGCGAAAAACUCCCGAACAAAGAAACCCUCAUGGGCCGCCUCGGGCGUGAGAAGGCGACAUCGACACCCACCCCUCUUCCCGGUUUCGAGGCGUCGGGGGCAAGGACCGUCUCUUGCGGCUCGGAGUUCACGGCCCUGGUUACAACCGAGGGUAAGCUGUUGACGGUCGGGACAAACAGCAAGAAGGGGUUGCUGGGUCUCGGCAUCGUGGACGGGAGGAACCGGCACAAGAUGACCGAGGUCCCGGCGCUCAAGGGCGUCGAUGUGGUCUCGGUGGCAUGCGGGGAGCAGCACUCCGUGGCGGUAGACAGCGAGGGCGUUGCUUACAGCUGGGGAUCGGGAGGCUCGCGGUGGGACGGGGCAGGAGCGCUCGGACUGGGCAACCUGGAAGACGAAAAAUUCCUCGUCUCCAGUCCUACCGAGAUCACAACGCUUAGCGGCGUCGGCGCUAAGGUGGACAAGGUAAGCGCGGGGGGAAGCCACACGGCCUUCCUCACAACGGACGGGGAGGUGUGGACGUGCGGCCGAGGAGAGUACGGGCUUUGCGGCAACGGCGGCACGGAGGACCAGCUGACGCCGGCGCCGCUAGAAGCCUUCGAGGAGCACAUCAUCGUUGACGUGCAGGCGGGACACGCGUUCGCCUUGGCGCUGACGAGCGAGGGCGAGGUUCUGGGGUGGGGUAGGAACGACCAGGGGCAGCUGGGCCUCGGGGGCGGGCUGACGAUGGACGUCUACGCCGCGGAGGUGCUGCCCCGAACCAUCGACGCUCUCGUCGACGAGAAGGUGGUGUCAAUAGGAGCGGGCUACAACCACGCAUCCGCCGUAACGGAAAGCGGGAAGCUGUACAUGUGGGGCAUGAAGCGAUCACUGGAGCCGGAGUGGAUGUCUGCCUUGGACGGGCAGCGGGUUGUUUACGCCGCUUGCGGGAAGUGGUACACGUCGGCGAUCACAGACACUGGAGCGUUGUAUACAAUCGGGUCAGGUGGCACGUACUGCCUCGGCAACGGUACGGGGGGGAAGUCGCAAACCCGGAAUCAGCCGGAGAGCGUUAAGCCUUUGUCGCGGGUGGAGGUGGCGCACAUCACGUGCGGCGCGAGCCACACGGCUGCUCUGAUCAGGCCACGCCCGCGUGAAGGUUGAAACGCCAUCGUCGUCUUGUCGUGACUGUAGCAGCCGGGAGGAGAGAAGUAGGCAAGGAGCAUCGGCUUCACUCUGUUCGGAUGUAGUUUCGGCUGUUGCUUGUCGGUCUUGUACGAUUUAUUGAAUACCCUGGGGAUGAGAGAAUCCGAAUGAAUUGGCUUCUUUGUUUUCUAUAUGAGACGUGUUGGCCCGGUGCCGUGCUAUGGAGUACGCGCCGGAGGUGCUACGUAGGCCUGAACGCUCGCACCAGGUGUUUUUCAUGCCCUCGGACCUUUGCUGCGCAGCCGUUACUACGACUCUC